AUGGAGGUCUUGUCUUUUCCGCAUCUCAAACUGACAGUACAAAACAGAAAGAAAAACAUCUUUGUGACGCAGUUAGAUGAGUACAGUGAACGAAAGGAUGAGUGUAUAACCCAUCUUCCUGUAAUAAAAGAGUGUUCUAGUGUGAUUCUGGAGUCAGGUGUGAACACACUUCAGUCCACAUUACUCCUGAAGAAACAGAUGCAACUGGAGAAACUCAACAAACAACUGAUGGACAAGCACGAGGAGGUCAGAGGUCGCAUGCAGAUCCUGCAGCAGAAAAGAGCAGAAUUACAGCUCAGACAGCAGGAGACAAAACACAGGGCGGCACAGUUUGAGAAAUUUGUCGAGGAAAAUGAGGUAAAACGUCGCUGUGCCUUGAAAAAAUUUCAUAUGGAGAGACAACAGAACGAAUAUAAAGAAAAGGAGAAAGCUGAACUUUCUGCACAACUUGAACAAUUACAAGCAAGACGGCGUCAUUUAAAAGAGAAAGUGAAGAAAUAUAAGAUUUAUGAAGAGUUUCUGUUUAAGGUUCUUGAUUUACUUCCUGACAACUAUCUAGGGUCUGGACCAGACUUGGUGACGCCACUGAUGAGGCGUUUUGAGACUCUGUACAUCUCGCGGCAGGAUCUUCUGCAGAAGUUAUCUGGACUGACGGAGCAGCUGAAGAACGAACAGCAGAACCUGGAUGCUCUCAAACAACAACACAACACACACAAACUAAUGUCUCACCAGAAGUUAAAUGAGCUGCAGACACAGUUGGAUCACAUGAGAGAAAAGAACAAACAGCUGGAGAUGAUGACGCACCUGCACCAGGGCCAGUCCAGAGAGCAGGUGGAGGAAGUGGGGAACAUCCUGAUCGCAGUGAAGAAUCUGGCAGAACAGUGUUAUUUACAUCACUACGGCGCUCUAGAAGACAUGGACGUGUGCACUAUGAUGGAUAUGAUAAAAGAGUUCAUUGUAGAGAAAAGUGAUCUGGUGAAGAGAGCAAUGAGAUUGUCAGACUCGAGAACAGCAACAUCCAUGAGAAACACGUCCAGUAAAAUCCUUCUGAAGAGCUCCAGCAGACGUCUGAGACCAGACGUCUGAGUUCAGCCCGGAUUGUCAGAUAGAUCACACACAAACGACGUUCACACUGCAGCUGAAUGUGACCCAAAUCUGAUUUUCUGCUCAAAUAUGAUUUUUUAUGAAAUUUUUAAUUUAGCCCAUAUCCGUGUUUUGAAUCACAAUACACCAAACAUAAAGAAUCAAGAACACUUACUCAAACUGUGCUUCCCAAACAAAUAUGAAUAAAAACCAGCCACUUGUCCUCGCAACACAAACAUGAAUUUUUUUUUUUUAAUUAAAGAUUAAGAGGGCAAACCAUUUUUUAAAUUGUUUUUAAAUAACUUGCAUGGAGAAAUAGUUUAUAACAAAACCAGCAACAUCCAAUAAGAAAAUAAGAAUUGUGAAUUUUGAAUUCAUGGUGACUUUAAAAUGAAGAAAUUUGAUGUACUUGAGUUGCCCAGUCAGAGUCCUGAUCUCAAGCCUAUUGAACAUAUGAGGAGAGACCUCAAAAUUGCUGUUCAUCAUCGAUCCCCAACUAACUUGAUACAAGGAAUGGGCUAAUAUUGCUCCAUCACGUUGUGCAAACUUGAUAGAGAAUUAUUCCAAAAAGACUGAUGGUUGUAAUAACUGCAAAAGUUGAUUCAGCCAAGUAUUAAGGUAUUGGUUGAAUACUUGUUAAUUCUUGACAUUUUGGUUAUUGUUUUUAUUAUUAUUAUUAUUAUUAUUAUUUAAUGCUUAAUUUUUAUUUUAUGGGCUGCACUGUUGCAGAGUUCAG